UUUUUUUUUUUUUUUUCUUUUUAAUUUGUUUAAUAAUCUAAUGUCAGAAAAUCAACAAAAUAAUUCACUCUUGACUUCAUCGUCAGCCUCAACACCGACACCGCCAAGAACCAAAAUAAAACAAGAAGAAUCCAAUAUUACGCAACAGCAAAUAGAAUCACUUGGAUAUUCAGCGUUGGAAAAUGAACCUACGCCACGAUCUUAUCUUGAUUCAACAAUAGUUCCAACAUUAUUAGAAGGAAUGAAAUUAUUAGUAACUGAACGACCUUCAGAUCCACUUGCAUUUUUAGGUCGAUUCUUACUCAGUAGAUCGAAUGAAGGACAACGACAAUAAGAACAAAUACAUAUUCAUAUAUUAUAUUUAAAUAUCCGCAUAUUAAUAUUAUAUUUAGUGCAACUUUUUUUAUUUUAUUUUAUCUUAUUUUACUUUUUUUUUUUUUUCCUUCCCUAAGCUCUUUC